CGAGGUGGUUACAAUAUUUGUAUCUGCCUUUGUCACCUCGCAAGUGAACAAGAACCGGAUUACCCAUGGUCGUUGCUGUUAAAGUAUUCAAAAAAUCAACACCGAAUGGCAAGCUCACCGUUUAUUUGGGCAAGCGCGACUUUAUAGACCACUUGGACCAUGUGGACCCAAUCGAUGGCGUUGUCGUUGUCGAGAAUGACUACCUACGUGGACGGCGUGUCUUCGGCCAGGUCAUUACCACAUACAGGUAUGGCCGGGAAGAGGACGAGGUCAUGGGCGUCAAAUUCAGUAAGGAAAUGGUAAUCGCCACCGGAGAGGUCGUUCCUGGUAACCGAAGUGAAAAACGUGACUUGACACCGAUUCAGGACAAACUCAUCAAGAAGAUGGGUCCAAGUGCCUAUCCUUUCACCUACAAAUUCCCCGAGAUGUCACCGUGCUCGGUCACCCUGCAAACUGGAGAAGACGACAACGGAAAACCACUGGGCGUGGAAUACUGCGUGAAGAUUUUUGUUGGUGAAAAUGACGACGAUCGCGGGCAUAAACGCAGCACGGUUGCUCUCGCAAUUAAAAAAUUGCAAUUCGCUGCAACCAAUCGUGGAAACCGUCUACCGAGCUCCCUGGUUUCGAAAGGAUUCACUUUCUCAAACGGCAAGAUCAACUUGGAAGUCACCCUUGACAAAGAAAUCUACUACCACGGAGAGAAAAUUGGUGCAAAUGUUACCAUCAGCAAUAACUCAAGGAAGUCUGUUAAAAAUAUGAAGAUCUAUGUUGUGCAGCAUUGCGAGGUCACUAUGGUUAACGCCCAGUUUUCCAAGUAUGUGGCAAGUGUUGAAACACGCGAAGGAUGCCCUAUCACACCCGGAGCUUCAUUCACCAAGUGCGUGUAUUUGGUCCCAUUGGCAUCGAGCAACAAGGAUCGCCGUGGCAUCGCACUGGAUGGUCAUUUGAAGGAUGACGAUGUUAAUCUGGCUAGCUCGACGCUAGUACCGGAAGGCAAAUGCCCCGCCGAAGCAAUUGGUAUUGUCAUUUCGUAUUCAGUUCGUGUCAAAUUGAACUGCGGCACGCUAGGCGGCGAGUUAUGCACCGACGUGCCACUCAAACUGUUGCACCCAAUGCCAGGCGCGGUCGAAAAGGAGAAGUCGCAUCAGCUGAAGAAGAUGAAGUCGGUGGAGCGCUCCAAGUACGAGAACAGCUGUUAUGCCAACGAUGACGACGACAACAUCGUUUUCGAAGACUUUGCUCGACUCCGACUUAACGAACCAGAAUAAAUCAAACGAAUUGCAAACGCAUCGAAUUAUGCAAUAUACAUGUACGACAAUGUAGUCAAACUAGUAGAGAAUAUUUUCAUAUAAGUUAUAUUUAUUAUAUGAUUAUAUGUAGUCAAUCUAUUAAUGUAGCCAAUGCAAUUUAGAAUAAAUCAAAUAAAUUCCAA